AUGCGGAGACUACUCCGACACUAUGGGGCCGAGUACCAUGAAGGAAGAAUUACAUACGGAGGCUACUCCGACACUGUGGUUACUGAUGAACAUUUUAUCGUCCGCAUCCCUGACAACCUGCCUCUUGACGUCGCUGCUCCUCCGCUUUGUGCUGGGAUUACAGUGUAUAGUCCAUUGAGAUAUUAUGGAUUCGAUAAGCCUAGUUUACAUGUUGGUGUGGUCAGACUGGGUGGAUUGGGACAUGUUGCAGUGAAAUUCGCCAAGGCAAUGGGGGCCAAAGUUACUGUGAUCAGCACAUCUCCUAGUAAGAAGAAGGAAGCUUUGGAAAAUCUUGGUACUGAUUCCUUUUUUGUCAGCCGAGACCAAGAUCAGCUUCAGGGUGCUAGUGGCACAUUGGAUGGAAUCAUCGACACAGUGUCUGCUAAACAUCCUCUGUUCCCAUUGCUGAGGCUGCUACAGUGUCACGGGAAGCUUGUUCUUGUUGGCGGUCCAGAGAAACCACUUGAGUUGCCUGUGUUUCCUUUGCUACAAUGGAGGAAAGUCGUAAGAGGAAGCUUGAUUGGAGGGAUGAAGGAGACUCAAGAGAUGAUUGAUUUCGCAGCUAAACACAACGUAAAACCUGAUAUUGAAGUUAUAGCUAUGGAGUAUGUGAAUACGGCCAUGGAACGAAUUCUCAAAGCUGACGUUAAAUACCGGUUUGUCAUCGACAUUGGAAAUACAGUGAAGGCCACCACCUCUUAA